AGGCCAGUUAACUUGCUUAAAGCCUUAGAACGAGUUCGAGGUCUUGAAAUAUAAUUUUUUUUUUGAAUACGGUCGUUUCGGUCGGAGCGGUGGGGGUAUAAGGUGUAAGAGUGCAUUUUGGUAUGCCAAUUAAAUACCAAUUAUAUUGAUGGUUCGUUUUUGAUAGUUUAUUCGGUUGUUUGUCUUUAAUCAAAGUUAAAGCUUCAAAAAGAAAUUUAAUUAAUCAAAUUAAUUAAAAUUUAUAAUUAAAUAAAGUGAUAAGAAUUGUAUAAACAAAAUGAAGACUUUGCUAAUUUAUGUUUUUAUUGGAAUAUGUUUAAUUAUGAAAGGUGCAUCGGAAACAUUAAAUUGUUAUAUUUGUGAUGAUUGCAAUAUUCUUGAUGAUAGUCAUCUUACAUCCUGCCCACUUUUAGAAGCAACAAAUUCACCAACAACCUUCAAACCAACUACACUUUCAAUUGAAACUACCAAAACAACAGAAUCCACUGCAGAACCUACUAAAUCCGAAAGCAAAGAACCUCCACUAGAAAUAAUUUCCACAACUGUUACAGCAAUUCCAACGCAAAUAAUCACAGAUCCUCCUAAGACUGAAGAACCCAUUACAGUUACACAAACAACACAAAAAACAGAAACAACCUCAGUGAAGACUGGAGAAACAAAACCAACAGAAACAAUUAUAUAUCGUCCAACAACAAUCGAAGAUAAACAACCAUCACCAGAAAGUUCCCUAGAGACUGAUAGACCCACAAAUAAUAUUCCAGAAUUUACUGAAACAAUUCGUCCUUCCAGCACAAACGACUUAAAUACCCCCUCACCAACAGAUUCUUCAGAAUUUAACAAUCCCACAAAUGGUUAUCCGGAAUCUUCAGAAGUAGAACCUGUUGAAGAAAUUUCACCAUCAACCAUAUUGGUUAAUCCUGUUGUGACCACAGACACUCCUUCACGUCCAGUAUCAAUGACCAUCCAAAGUCCGUCAACACAGGUUUCAUUACAGACAUUUAACCAAGAGACAGUGAAUUCUAUUGAUCCCGAUCCAGAGUCCAUUUUCCAAACUUCUCAAAAUACUGAGCCAUAUCAAAUAUUCAAUCGAUUGCCAAGAGGAAAUCGGCUUUCAAGAGCUGCUUCUUCUUAUCAUUGUUACAGCAUCAACAUUCAUGAUGGAGAUACAAAAAAAGUGAAAAAAGGUUGUAUUGCAGUUCCCGAGGACAAAGGUGCGUGUGAAGUUCUAAAAGACGAAUUCGGUAAAUCAGUUGAUACUUGCAAAAUUUGCACAGAAGACAAAUGUAACAGCUCUUCGAUUUUCCAAUAUUCGUUAAUUACUUUAGUGAUGGUUUUAGUUUUAAGUUUGUAUUCAUAAAUAAAAAUCGAAAUAUAAGACAAAUUAAUUAUUUUGUAUGAA